AUGGAGGAGGCAAUCAAGGAUGAUCGACAAUUCACACGCACGAAACCGAGUUUUACCCCGUGCGAGCUAGACACCCUUUGGUGGAGUCUGCGUGAGAUCUGGGGAGUGGGAACGAUGGUGGUAGGAUCCUUGAGAGCAGGCCCACUCUUGCCCCACUGGGGGGUCACCUUUUACGGUGGUUCUAGUCCAAACAAGAAGAAGCAAGCUCUCGCCAAGGAUGUCUAUGGAAACAAGGCCUACGAAGGCAUCUUCUGCGACAUGAUGACCAAGACCAACGUGUCCCUUUGCAAUCGCCACAAGAAGGAAGGCUGCUUCAACUACAACCGUCGUCUCAACAAGGCUGGACGUGCCACCCAGAGAUCCCUGACCUUGGCCAUGCCUACCGCCAACAACGCCUUGCCGCCUAGGGCUGCUUUGGACAUCUCGCAUGACUCGUACGAGUUGGAGUACUUUGUCAUUUCCGACGGUACAAUCAUUGGCGAUGGUACUGGUAUCUAG